ACAAGUUAAUACAUCCGUCGAAAUGAGUGGAAGAGGAAAGACUGGUGGCAAAGCCCGUGCCAAGGCUAAGACUCGAUCAUCUCGUGCCGGGUUGCAGUUCCCAGUCGGCCGUGUCCAUAGGCUGCUUCGUAAAGGCAACUAUGGCGAACGUGUCGGCGCUGGCGCCCCCGUCUACUUGGCGGCUGUCCUCGAAUAUCUGACCGCUGAAAUUCUAGAGUUGGCCGGCAAUGCCGCCCGCGACAACAAGAAGACCAGGAUCAUCCCUCGUCAUCUCCAACUUGCUGUACGCAACGAUGAGGAGCUCAACAAGCUCUUGGGCGGAGUGACCAUCGCCCAGGGUGGCGUGUUGCCCAACAUUCAGGCCGUGCUUCUGCCUAAGAAGACCGAGAAGGCAACGAAGUCAAAGUAAAAACGUCAAAAGCCACAAUACCCACAACGGCUCUUUUAAGAGCCACGCACUUUUCAUAAUGAGCAAUGACUUUUAAAAGAAGGUGUCGAUCAAAUGUUUACAACUGCGAUGGGUAACUAAUGAUGUUCGAAAUUAUUUUCAUUCUGUAACACGAACAACGCGUCGCUAUCAUUUUAAAUGAAUCGUUUAGUGUUGUGCACAAUAUAUAAUGGUGGAUAUCUUAAAAACAAAAUAUAACUAGAAAUUAUGUAAUUCAAUUUGCUUUAUGCUGUUUGGGAAUGUGGACUGGUCAUA